CACUUAUCCUCAAUUAGGGUUUUAUUUGAGAUUGAGAGAAUUCUAGGGUUUUUGUUUGUGGGUUUUAGAGUUUGAGAAGCAGGAAGACCCAAAACCAGAAGAACAAGUUUCUUGCUUAUUCUCUGGUGAACAAUUUGAUACAAUGUAUCUUCAGUUUUACAUAAACGAGAAUGGUGACAAAGUUUACACCACUAAGAAAGAAACACCACUAGGAUUGGCUACGCAAUCUGCUCAUCCAGCUCGCUUCUCCCCUGAUGACAAAUAUUCAAGGCAAAGGGUUCUUCUGAAGAAACGAUUUGGAUUGCUGCCAACCCAAAAGCCAGGUCCGAAGUAUUGAGUACUUCACCGGGCUUCUUCUUCUUCAUUGCUAUUUUUACUGUUGUGAGCUUUUCUUUAUCAUGUCAAAUUGGGUGUGGAAGGGUUUAUCUUCAUGUAGCUGUCCAACUUAAUAGCAGUAACAGUGUGCAUGAGGUUGGUCAGCAGUAAAGUUUUCGGAUGCUGAAAUUAAACUACAUUACAUUUUGGAAAGUUUUGGUUAGAUACGUUGCACGGUUGUUAAUGAUCUGAUUUGUUCCUGGAUCGAGACAUAAAAAUGUGCCUGUUAUUGUCA